AGGAGGAGGAGGAGGAGGAGGCGGGGGAGGAGGAGCAGCAGCCGCAGGAGCCGCCGCCGCCGCGGAGCCGCUCACCUGCCCCGCCAUGGCCCGCCGGGUGGCCGCGGUGCUGCUGCUGCUCGCCCUCGGCUGCCUCCUGGGCAUCCUCCUGCUCGGGCUCGGCUCCGGGGACGCUCGGGGCCCGCCCGGCUUCAAGUACGGCAUCGUGCUGGACGCCGGGUCCUCCCACACAGCCAUGUUUGUCUACAAGUGGCCAGCGGACAAGGAGAACGACACCGGAGUGGUCAGCGAGAACAGCAUGUGUGAUGUGGAGGGUCCUGGCAUCUCCAGCUACAGCUCCAACCCUCCGGCUGCCGGGAUGAGCUUGGUGCACUGCCUGGACCAGGCUCUGAAGGAUGUGCCCAAGGAGAAGCACAUGGGCACCCCACUCUACCUGGGCGCCACGGCUGGCAUGCGCCUGCUCAACAUCACCAACCCGCAGGCUUCGGACGCCGUCCUCAGCGCCGUGGCGGCCACGCUGAAGUCAUACCCCUUUGAUUUCCGGGGGGCAAAGAUCCUGUCAGGGGAAGAGGAAGGGGUCUUCGGCUGGGUCACUGCAAACUACCUCAUGGAGAACUUCAUCAAGCGUGGGUGGCUCGGGGAAUGGAUCCAGCCCCAGAGGAAGACCCUGGGGGCCAUGGACUUUGGGGGCGCUUCCACACAGAUCACCUUUGAAACCAGGGACAUCAUCGAAGACCCCAGAAAUGAGGUGAUGCUGAAGCUGUACGGCCAGGCGUACAAAGUGUACACCCACAGCUUCCUCUGCUAUGGAAGGGACCAGGUUCUCAAGAGGCUGCUCUCGAAGCUCCUCCAGGCUGAGAACUACCAAGCCACUGUCGCCAAUCCCUGCUGGCCCACGGGCUACCGCAAGAGCCUGUCACUGAGCAGCGUCUACGACAGCCCCUGCACAGAGGAGGAGAGGCCCAGCCUUGCUCUCGACACCACCAUCACCGUGACCGGCACCGGGAACGGGACCCUCUGUGCUCUGCUUGUCAGCAAGCUCUUCAACUUCACCACCUGCUCCUUCUCCCGCUGCUCCUUUGGUGGUGUUUUCCAGCCAGAGGUUUCAGGAAACUUCAUUGCCUUCUCUGCCUUCUUCUACACGGUUGACUUCAUCCGGACAGUGAUGGGGAGACCCGUGCACUUGCCCAGUGACCUGAUGGAUGCUGCCAAGACCAUCUGUGCCACCAGCUGGAAUGAGUUGCUCCAGAAAGCCCCUAAGCUGGAGAAGAGACUGCCGGAUUACUGCCCAGUCAGCAUGUUUGUUUAUUUGCUCACCACUAAAGGCUACAACUUCAACAACUAUUCCUUCCCGAACAUCGCUUUCCAGAAGAAGGCAGGAGAAACCUCCAUCGGCUGGGCCCUAGGUUACAUGCUGAACCUCACCAACAUGAUCCCGGCAGAGAAGCCCUCUUCCCACAAGAGCAUCGUGUAUAACUACUGGGUCAUCCUCCUCCUGCUCUUUGUGCUCACCACCCUAACAUCUCUGGUGACUGCCGUCUGCCUGCUCCGGCGCAGCAAGUCCAGCGCAAUCUAACAGCAGGGACAGGGUGGGCCUUGCCUGCAGGACUCAGCACCACCCUUCCUGCUGGAGUCAAACACUUGGGAUGCGGCAAGUGCUCAGACGUCCUCCUCCAGUACCUGGCACUGCCUGUCCCACAGGGAAAGCUGUGCCUUUUUGCCCUCCCUUUGCUUUCAAGCUGCAGACAGUGGGGGACAGAAGAGGACAGCUGGCCUUGCAGGAGAACGCUGAAGGGUUUCCCAGUACUACUCAGGGAUGGACGCUCAAACAGGCUUGGGAUUUGGACUGGGACAUCUUUCUGCAACCAGGCUGGGGCUGGACGGGCCAGUAAGUCCAGACAACAGCAGGAUUUAUUCUCACAUGCAUGGAGGGCUGGGUAGUACUACUUAUGCCAGUCCUUACAGCUGACCUCUCUAGCCUGUCCCUGGAACAUCAGCCCUGCUCCUCGGGGAGCUCUGGGCAUCACCCGGAGCCCAAGCUGCCUUUUUUUCCAACACAGAAACACCACUGACCUUCCUGAGGGCCAGAUCUUGGCCUGGGCUUUCACCAGCCUCAGCACAGGGUCUCUGGGUAGGGGCUUAGCAACAACCAGACAUGGGGAGCAGGCAGCUUCCCGGGUCCCGCUUCAGCCACCAGGCAUAGUGCCUUCCCCAUUCCUGUGGUUCCUAAGCCAGACUCGCCUUUGCCACAGCCAGAGCCUCCUCCAUCCCCUGGUGGUGGCACAAAAAGCCCGUGUGGCUCCCUGGCACGUAGCUGUGCCAGUGCAGAGGUGAUGGGCUCGCUCCGGGAGCGGGGCUUUGUGCUGCUUUAGGAUUUGAGCCCUGCAUCGCCCCACGCCAGGCAGCCAGGAGGAUGCGCCUUCAUUUCCAACUGAGUAAGAACAGGGACACGCAAACAUGCAGAAGGUUUGGGUUUGUCUGGUUGGGUUUUUUUAUAAUCAGAAAUAAAUCUUUGUAACCAC